GCGCAGGGGAAGGGGGGGGCAGCACUAUAAUGGCGGCCGGGCGGAGGCAGCGCGGUGGCGGCGGUGCUGAGUACCUAAAGCAGUGGAUAUACUUGAAAGCUUCCUACUAAUAACAGGCUGUUUCAGUGUGGUCCUUAUUGCCUGGUUUACUGACAAAGAAAAUUACAUUUAUUUACACUGGCAAUCUUACAAACUAUUUUAGUUCUGAUACACUAGCUGUGACUUUUAUUUAAUUUUUUAAUUUUGUUUUUGUGUUUCGUUGUGUUUGAUAAGUGAUAAUUGGCUAGCCAAGCUUUUUUUUUUUUUUUUCCCCUUUCUAUAGUCAGUGUCCCAUUUUUGGUUUGGUUGUGUGAAGGUGGUGCUGGUGUGUUUUGGUUUGUAAUCUUGCAGGGAAGCGUGCAGGGAGGUUCAUGAAUAUGUAGCAGUGUUUGGUGGCUUUUUUUUUUUGUGUGUGUGUGUCCCUUGUUUUAGUUAUAGAGCAAUAUUUUAACUUUUGUCCUUACCCUGUUGAGCAAAAGUGAAAGUCAGAUACUGGGUACAAGCUUCUGCCAUCAGUUGCCCUUUUUAACUUUUUGUUACCAUAGACUUCUUGUUCAGAGGGGACUAGCUGAAAAAUCAUACUAACGUUAAAAAACAAAUUGGAAGCGAUCAAAGCAUCCUCUUGUCUUAGUAUCAAUAAAAGAAUUUCAUGAUUAAAUUAUAGCAGAAACAUUUACUUAUGCAGUCACCUCCGUAAAAGGCAGUGUUAAUUAAAUCUGGUGCUGCCCAACCACAGGCUUCAACUAGAACCUGCCCUCCGCUAUCCCAGGCGUGGAUGGAGAGCAUGAUGCCAUACUAUUAUUCCCACAGAUGUUCACGGAAGACGCUGAGAGAAAGGAGCAGGAGCAUACGUGAUAGUCCUGUCUCGGCACAGUACAAGUCUAGGUUUGAAUUGUUGCCACCUUGAAAAACUGGGCUGUAUUUGAAAUCUUAAUAGUCCCAUCAAAAUGGUGUAAUUUCACUUUUAACUAGUCCGUGGCAACAGGUACAGGUUUACGGAAUAGCUUCUGGAAUAUUCUAGCACUCAAAUGCAGCGUUGCAUUCAGUGUAACGCUCGGAGGCACUGCCCUGUUAAUUGCAGGGUAUUGGUAGGCCUAAUAUUGCCGCACCAAGCCCUAUGGGGGAAAAUACAGCCCAGUUCUUGCUCAUGAGUUUUAGUUCUGUGGGUUUUUCCCCCUUCCCCAGAACCCUUGAUCUUGAAGAUGGUGAGUAGCCAGCCUAAGUACGAUCUAAUACGAGAGGUUGGUCGUGGCAGUUAUGGUGUGGUGUACGAAGCAGUCGUCAGGAAGACCUCUGCACGGGUCGCGGUGAAAAAGAUUCGGUGCCAUGCUCCAGAGAACGUGGAACUAGCUCUGCGUGAGUUCUGGGCACUUAGCAGUAUCAAGAGCCAGCAUCCCAACGUCAUUCACCUGGAGGAGUGCAUCUUGCAGAAAGAUGGUAUGGUGCAGAAGAUGUCUCAUGGCUCCAGUUCCUCCCUUUAUUUACAGCUUGUAGAGACCUCAUUAAAAGGAGAAAUAGUCUUUGACCCCAGAAGUGCUUAUUACCUCUGGUUUGUAAUGGAUUUCUGUGAUGGUGGAGAUAUGAAUGAGUAUCUGCUGUCCCGAAAGCCAAACCGCAAGACCAACACCAGUUUCAUGCUCCAGCUCAGCAGCGCACUGGCAUUCCUGCACAAAAAUCAGAUUAUUCAUCGUGAUCUCAAACCUGACAAUAUCCUGAUAUCUCGGAGCAGGAUGGAUGCUAGUGACUUGGAGCCUACCCUGAAAGUAGCUGAUUUUGGGCUGAGUAAAGUAUGUUCGGCCUCAGGACAGAAUCCUGAGGAACCAGUUAAUGUCAAUAAGUGUUUUCUAUCGACUGCGUGUGGGACUGACUUCUACAUGGCCCCCGAAGUCUGGGAAGGACACUACACUGCCAAAGCAGACAUCUUUGCCUUGGGGAUUAUAAUCUGGGCGAUGUUGGAAAGAAUGACAUUCAUAGAUACGGAAACAAAGAAAGAACUUCUGGGGAGUUAUGUCAAGCAGGGAACGGCAAUCGUGCCCGUUGGAGAGGCGCUUCUAGAAAACCCUAAAAUGGAACUGCUCAUCCCCGUAAAGAAAAAAUCCAUGAAUGCUCGAAUGAAACAGCUGAUCAAGGAAAUGCUGGCUGCCAACCCGCAGGACCGACCCGAUGCUUUUGAGCUGGAACUGCGAUUAGUCAACAUAGCUUUUAAAGACAGCAGCUGGGACACGUGAUCUGCCGAGCCUGGUCUCCCCUUAGAGCUGCUUCUCACCUAACUGAUGCUGCAACUUAAUGGCAGUAAAAGAAACGAGCCUAAACUCCAACCUGCAGGGUGUGGUUUCUCCCAAACGAAUCUCUUUGGAGUUUCAUAAACAAUACGAAUGUUGAGUUGGCCGUUGUGUUAACGGUGGUGUUGAUGUGUAUAAUACCGGGAUGUUACACGCAGGUGUAAGAUGUGACGAUGUUCGUUUGUGUAUGCUGGCAGCGGGGUGUCUUAAGAGCUGAGACUUGAUUUCCAGCGCUAUGACAUGGAGUAUUUCUUACAUUCCAGUUUCCUAUGUCAGUAUUAGGAACUCUCAUGGCGGGGGGGAAAAGAUUUGCAUGCUGGUAGUGCAGAUCUUCAGGCUUUGUAAAGUAAUUAUGUGUAUAUAUUUAUGUAUACGAGUGACUAGGAGUGUAUGCCACUUUUAAAUUGUUUGCUAUGGGUCUGAAUGAUUGGGGUCUGCUAGAAAACUCGGUGAAGAAGACAAAUGAGAAGCAUUCCUUCUUCUCCAGGCCUGAAUAACUUCGUUAUUUAUUUUUGUUAUCUAAUGUCAAAGAUAGGGUCUGAGACUUGACUUUGUAGACAAAAAAAAUAAAAGCAAUGCAAGCGGAUCAGCAGUUUUUAAAGUGCUGUUGUGACCAAGCUUAGCACUUACAGCUUAGUGAUCUCAUCACCGAGGGAGUCAAAUUCCAAAUGUAUGCAAUCAGGUGCUAGCAGGUUGGCUAGUUCAUUAAUAAUCCGAUUUUGCUUUCUUCUAGUAAUCCAGUACUUUAUUAAUCAGUUAACCUACAGUUUCACAACAUGCUCUCUACCCUUGUAUCUAUAAUCCGGUAGCACCGUGAGGAUUUAUAAGCGCAGAGUACUGUGGGCUUAGUUUAUGGAAGCGUGGGUGAGGGAAUCCAGCAGGAUAGAGCGUUAUUUUUAAGAUUCUUCAAAAUAUGGUUGCAGCACAUUUUCCCUGUUAACUGAAUCUAAUCAUACCGGUUGUGGUCUCUCCCUUUCUGGCACUGACUCUAACCUGGUAGUGAUGAGGAGAUAAAGGGGUGGCUGUUUGCCUUGUAGGACGCACCUAUUCUCAAAUAUGGGAGAAAACUCAGUAACCGGUACGAGAAAGGUAUCUCCGAUCUGUGUGGCAACCUUGGCCAAUCUUUUUUUUUAUUCGUUUUUCUCCUUUUAAAGAAGUAAUAUUUAUUUAAAAGCACGGAUGGUAGGAUGGAAAACUUUGAAGUCGUCGAAAGGCUGCUUCUCCCCAGCUCUUAUUCCACAGAAGCAGGUUGAUAUGCUGAGAGAGGUUUCGCGGAGGUCACCCGAUGCUGCACAGCAGACAGAACCUGCUUUGUAAUAGUAUAAUGCUUUGUUCCUUUGGGUGCAGGACUGUGACCUUUCUCAUCAAUUUGACCUUUUGGAAAAAGCAGAGUCUUAAAAAAUUGCCUUUAAAGCUGCAACAAGGGCCAGUUUUCUUAGUAAAAUCAAUUUAUUGGUUUUUUUUUCCUCCCAAACCUUACCUGAAACUGCUGUAGGUGUUUCCUUGUAUGAUUUGCUUCUCGGAUAUUCUUCACUCUUAGUGCUGUGAGAGCAGUUCUGAUCAAACAGUGUUUGUUCUGCCCGAGCGUGAAUAAACAGCACAACAAAAAUGUAAUUUUUUUGUUCUUCCAAAAGCAAAGGAUUCUGUUUCUUCCAAACUGCUGGUUCUUACUUGGUGCUGUGCAGAGCAGGUGGCAGUUACCCACAGGGCCUUAGUCCGUAAUUCUUGUUGGUUUACUUCACUUUAUUGUUUAAGGCAAGUUGUCUAAACAGUGAUUUUUUUUUCAGACAAAUACACUUUGAUGCCUCUAAAUAAUGUUUAUUGUUUAGAAGACACUAUAGUGUUCCUGACUAGAGCAGAGCAGCCUUCGCUUCAGUGUAAAUUGGCAGGGACAGAGGUGACUGCGUCGUUCCGAGGACGCAGCCUGUUGCCUGUGUAGAUGUCCCGUUGUUGUCCCGUCGUUGCCCCUUCCCUGCAGGGAGCUCAGUCUAUAAAAGAAGACUUGGAGCCUGUGAGUAAAGACAAGGAGAGAUCUGUUUAUCCUUACGUUCUGGCAGUGAUCUGCCUGUUCUCGUGUUUUAACUGAGUUCGGUACAACUGGAGCCUCAGCUUGUUACUGAAAGGAGGAAAACAAACCUCUCGCUGUUUCACAGUACUUGCGUUUCAGCGUGGUCAUUCCAUGAGUAAUGUUUUAAGAGGGCAUAUAAUUUUUCCGUGUUAAACUUGAGAGCGUUUCAAAAUACCUUGCUAACUUCCUCUUAUCUCUUGCCUACCUAAAAGUCAGAGUCAGUUAUGUUAGCUUCAAGUAGGAAUCUACUACAGAAUAAUACUAAUUACCUUUAAGGCGCUUUGCAAAUCAUCUGAUUCUCCUCUGAAGUAUAUUUGAAAGGAUGAACACCGAAUGUGCCGCCGGCCUGCCCUGCUAGUGAAUGGCACAGGAAAGGUGGAUUUUGGAUAUUUUUUUUUUGACUCCCUAAGCGUUUCUUUGCACUGAUUUGCCACUUUAAAGGGUGGGGGGUACCUGAAAUCCCUCUCAUGGUGCUUAGCCUUGCUGUUGGGUGACACUGAGUGUUUCCUCGGUUGACACUGAAUGGUAGUCCUCGACGUCUGUGUUCUGUUUGAUUUUUUUUUUUGUUGUUGUUGUCCGAGGUCUUUGUUUUAAAGCCUUUGAUAAAUCAAAUUGUUGUAGCAGCUACAGAGUUAUUCACCAGCGUGACACAAAGUCAAGAUACUUUUCAACACUCAGAAAAGACUUUUUUUUUUUUUCUUUCGAAUCUUUCUUUAAAAACUGUAAAAUAUAUUUUAUGGAGGAUUUAUAUUGAGGAAAAUUAUUGUGUAAUUUAUUAAGUUGAUGACUGUUUUUGAAAUAAAAUCUGAAUUUCGAUGAA